ACUUGGUGCAAGAACCUGAUAAAACCUCGUCCUUCCCAUCAGUUGAUGUCAACACCAACAAUCAUUCCAAAAUUAUAAAAAACCGUCAACAUUUCGCCAAACCAAAAAUUGCAAAAAAUAAAACUAUCAACCCUAUUAAUUCCUCCGAGUAAAUAAUCCUAAUUACAAUUUUUUCAUUAAUUAUUAUGAAUUGUAAUAAAUAAUAAUAAAAUGGGUGGAUAAAAUGAUGAAAUAACGAAUCCAAUGCACUCAGUGACUGAUUAAUUAAAGGUAAUAGUGAUUUAAUUAGAAUCAAUCGUGUUCCUCUCGUAAUUUGUGAGUGAAAUUUAAUUAUUCAUUUAGACACGAGGAUUUGAAAUAAAAAUAAUAGGGAGGAAGUGCGAGCCGGCGGUCAGCAAUUAUGCCAUAGUCCUGGUUAACCACUGUGCAGCAAAAUUACUUCUUCGUCGUCAUAGACACUGCAUUCUGCACGUUGCACUGCUACUUAUCGACUAAACAUCUUUUAUUGAGAUUUUUUUUUUUAGACAAUAUGUUGGGGAAGGCUCUGAUUUUGAGUAUAUUGCUGGUUGUGAACUGUCAAUCAUCGGCUCGGGAUGGGGAAAAAUCGAAAGAACCUCAUCAUCGACAGAAGCGAGUCCUGUGGUUAACGAAUGAUGGACGAAUAGCAUUGCCUCCAGGAACUGUUAUGACGAUAACGCCUACCAUAGCACUUCCGUUUGUUCGAUACCCACCUUACGGGUUCCUCAGCAACAUGACCAUCAGUCUGCCUUUCACAAUUGACUUUGACAAGCUAGGAUUAACUGACAACGAAAACCCUUACGGGGCACUUCCGCCUGUGUUCGACAGGGGAAUGAAGAGCCGUCAGGCUGGCAUGAUGAUGGCUGACUUCAUCGCAUCAUUCAUCAAACGAAGAUUGCACAAACGUGAUUUACAAGAAGCACCGAAAAAUGCAUUUCACGGUGGAGAACGGGCCCUUUUAUACGGCACCGCCGAGGACAUGCUCACCACCAUGGGACUUGACGGUAAAGCAUGUCUUCUCAGGGCAAUUUGCGAAGUUCAAGGACAUCCACUUAAUAAUUUUGGUCUCAUCGGAGAAAUGCUCAAGCUCUUCUUCACUGCGAGUAAAUCACCAUUUGCUAAUCUACUCAAGGAGUAUGUAGAAGCUGAAAAUCGGGGUAAACAACAUGGUGAGUGCUGGCCGUACUUCAAGAAAUGUCCGAAGUCUCUGUUUCUGCCAUCAGAGAAUAGAUACACGCAAGAUGCAGAUGUCGAUCACUUGGAUUCAGAUUUCUCUGAAGACGCUAACGAGCUCUUCGACUCACGAGAGGAAGACAACAGGCACAAUCGACAGCAGACGAUAAAUCCAGCAAUGUAAACUUUAAUCAACAAUCCUAGGUUUUUUAUUGAAUUUUAUUCACUUGUGAAGUGGCGAGGGGUGGAAUUUGAUUAUGGGGAAUUGACAUUCAAGCGGAUGUCAACAGAACUUGUUUUUUGUCCCACUGAUCUGCGAAAACAUCUCAACAAUCUGUUCCAAGGAGAAAAAACUGGAAAUUACUUGUUCUGGAUCGGAGGCUUUCCUGGAAUAAUUUUUACUGUUUUCAGCAUUAAUUAUUGGAGUAACUGAACAAUUAUUGGUGUCUGGUUCAACUGAAACGAGGAAACCACAAAUGACUGGUCGUGAUUUACUCUUUCAUUCAUAAAUCGAAAUGAAAUAAAUUUGCAGAAUUGAAAUUAUCAACAUCUGCAGUUUCGCUAGGGAAUAAGAGAAAAACUAGUAAAUUUUUCCAAGAAGAAUUAAAUUGUCUGGUAGUGGGAAAUUCGACGAAUUUAAUGAGAAAUUAAUGGGAAAUUAAUGGGAUGAGCCAUUUCACAACUGAGUAAAAAUUUCUGCAAAUGAAGGAAGAUGAAAAUAUUCUCAUCUAGACGGAGAGAUUUAACACAACCAAAAACAUAAGAUAACGAUAACUUGUCACAAUCGAAGUAAAUAGCAAUUAUUCAUAUAACCGUGUUCUGUGGGAGGUCAUAAGCUCAGGUAAUUAGAUAAUCAUGACCCAUCUAAGCAGUCUCCUGAAAAAUGGUUCAAUGUUACUGUUGUCCUUAAUGAGACCGAACGUGAUGUUAGAUAAAUGUCAUACUACUUUAGCGAACAAUUCCCAGUUCAAUCCACUCGGUUAUUUAUUUAUUUAUAUUUAUUGAUUCGUUACGGUGAAGUUAUUUAAGUCAGUGCACAUAGCAAUGUCACAUUUGUAUAAAUAAUUAUGUGAAUAUCCCGUACUGCCAUAAUAUGUUUAAAACUUUUUACUCAAUUGUUCAGAUACUGGUAGUUGAUUCAUUUGUACAGGAUUUUGUUGUACAUUAAUGUGUCAUUGUUAGGUAGAAAAUAAAUUAAUGGAAAAAUUUGCAGGUGA